UGGCGACGCGCUGAAUGGCGAGUCACGCUGCCUGCUCUGAACACUUGCAAUACGCCUAGCACAGCCCUUGGUACACAAGUCAUAAGCUGCUGGUCCAAUUAUUUGGGCAGAAGUUCACUACACGAUGUCGUCUUGGAAGAAGACAGCUGCAUCUGCUCAACGGAUUCACCGAGAACGACAUCAGCCAGAAGCAAGAAAGCAUCUGGGAAUUCUUGAGAAGAAGAAAGACUACACUCUUCGUGCAAGGGACUAUCACAGGAAACAAAGGAAGCUGACAGUCCUUAAAAAAAGGGCUUUGGAGAGGAAUCCUGAUGAAUUCUAUUUUCACAUGAUCAACUCAAAAAUUGAGGAUGGGAUCCAUCAGGAAAUGGAUGAAGUGACGUUGAAACCCGAAGAAGUCUCAUCCAUGCAGACACAGGAUUUAAAAUACCUGACUAUGCGGCGUGUGGAAGAAGGUCACAAGAUCCAACAACUCAAGUCUACUCUUCACGUCUUCGAGACUGAUGGAAAGCCUCACAACAAGCAUGUCUUCUUUGUUGAUUCCAAGCAAGAAGCCAAAGACUUUGAUGUCUCAAAGCGUCUUGGAGUCCCUCCAGAACUGCUGCCAAGGUCUUACAAUAGGCCAAGGAUCAUGGAUCUAGAACAACUUCGAAUCCAGGGACUAGAUCCUCGUGAUGAAUUCUCUCUCUCUAGAGUUAACAAGGCAGUUGCAAAAAGCUUUGCUGAACUAGAGAAGCGUAUCCAGAGGGAAAAGGAACUUACUGUCCUUCAGCAAAAACUGGAAUUGAAACGACAUCUGUUGGAGUCAAAGGGAGACAAGCCCGAGAGAGUGAAGCCUGGAUCUUCUAUUGCCCCUCCUGUGUACAGAUGGAAGAUGAAGAGAAAGAGAUGAUUCAGAAAACAUGGAAAACCUGGUCACAGAAGUGUUUAAUGUGCUCCAUCAUCGGCCAAACUUUCAUCGACCUGGUUUCCUCAUUUGAAAAGGAGUGUGAUCAUCAAGAAAACCAAUCCAUUCUUUCAAUGUCAAAGUCAAUUUCCAGCAUUUAAAAGACAAACUUGAGUUUUUGAGUUCCUGUCCAUGGGUCAAGCUUGCAACUGGCUGUCUGGAGAAAAUAUACAAAGAAAUCCAUACUAGACUUCCAGAUUCCUCCCUUUCUUUCAGGGGUGAGAUCCUGCUUGGGGAUACAACAUGCAGGAAUUUUGGUGGGAAAACCCUUAACCUUCCCAGUCAUGGAAAGUGGCAGCACCAGUAUUGAAGCCAUAUGAUACCAGAAGACAAUUUUGGAAAGCUGACUUUUCCAUAGUCUUCUAAUGAUAUCUAAAGUCAACCCCUUUUUUUUAUGAAUCUGGGUUUUGGGAGCUCCCAAAUAAAAUCUUAGGAGCUGUGAGGGGCCCUCCCUGAACAACACCAAUCUGAAACCUGGUUUGUCCUAGUCUUUGCUACUGUUGAUUUGUCCUGGUUGAUGUUAUAUUUCUCUGGUGAAAAUUAUAUCCUUUCUGUAUCUAACUCUGAUGCCCUCUAUGAACUAACAUUUCUAAUGAGAAGACUCCUUCCAUAUGUAAAGGGUAUGGAUAAUUGGCCGAAGUUAUGAUUAUGGCGGCUCAACUCUGCCAUCUAUGAACUAUAGACUUACCUGGGGCAGAGACUAAUUCAGUUCUGUAUUUGUCAUCGGCAUGGUGGGAUUGCAUCAUAGUGUG